AUGCAAAAGAUUGAUAUAGUCGAUCUUGAACUUCAAUACAGUGAUGAAUUUCCAAGUGUUCAUCUAUUGUACCUUAAAGCACUACAGGAAAGCAAGUCUAGCAAAAUAACUAUGAUUCAUGGUCCAUCGGAAACAGGCAAAACUAGCUACUUCCGCUGUCUGAUCAACGAAAUCGAGGAUAAAGAAUUGGGUGAUGUUCCACCACUGAUUUUGCACGUGUCAACUGUUGGAUGA